UAAUUUAACGGUAAUUAAUAGCCUGUGUAGGAACCUGAAUCUGAAUAAACGGAAUGAAAUGAAAUAAAAAUCAUACAAUCAUUUUACAGCCUAUAUAAAAAUCUGGAAAUGUACAUUUUCCUAUAAGGGAUUAAUAUAGGGAAUAAUGUCAAUUUUUAGCUUUUUUAUUUUAAAUCUAUUUUUAAAUAACAUUAUAAAUAUGUCAUAUUUUGUGUUUAAUCUCACAACCUUUGGAGGUUUUAAGAUGAAAUGAAUUGAUUCGUUUACAAAUGAAUAAGAAUAAUAAGGUAUGAGAAAGGAAAGAAAGAAAGAAAGAAAGAAUACACUAUAAAAAGUCCCGGCCCCUACCUAUAACGUUAUAACCGUUGCGCAUGCGCAGACUCACAUCCAAUCAGCACGCAGACUCUCGGAGGCCCCUCCUCUUGUAAACGUCGUUUCAAGUCCACUAAAGCAUUCAUUCGGAAAUGUUCUUGGAGAACCGCAGUGGUGACAUGAGCACUGGAUACCGCCAACACACCGAUGGAGAAACACCAGUAGAAGGCUAACUCACCUCGUAUCCGUUUUCCACACCCCGCGAGCUACCACACGGUUCCUGGAUGGACCUGAGCGAGCACAGCUGGUCCACAGUCAAGCGUGAAGUGUCCAGUAACCCGGGCUCGCCGUCCGAGCAGAGCUGCGUUCACGGCGAGCGCAGGGACGAGUUAAGGACGUCGCCUCUGGACGCAGCGGGGAGUCGGCGCGUAGACACGCGGCCGCUGCCCUCCUACGCAGCCUUCGGCCACCAUUUGAGUUCGGACGACGUGCCGCUGUUCGCGGACUUGGACCAGGCUGCCAAGCUCGGCGCGCACAAGGCAGGGAUCGUGGUGGACCCCGGCGACAUGUAUUCGACGUUGGCCGCCUACGAGUCGCCGUCGGCAGCUUACAUGCACUCCAGUCCCAACUCGCCGGUGUACGUGCCGACCUCACGGGUCGGCCCAAUGAUCCCGAGUCUGCCUUACCUGCAGUCGAGCGCGGCGGUGUCGCAACCGAGCCACGCGGUCAGCAGCCACGCUGCGUGGUCACAACCCGCGCCCGAGAGCCCGUCGUCAUACAGCACCGGGAGCCCACACGCGACCUCCAGCCGCUUUCACUACUCACCAAGCCCGCCCGUGAACAACGGCACGGCAAGGGACUCGAGCUACCCGACCGCGCUGAACGCCAGCGGCAGGGAGCAGUAUCUGUCGCGGCCCCUGAGCGGCUCCUACACCGGGCCGUACGCGCCCUACGUGGGAGCUCAACUGCCCCAGUUACCCACCGCGUGGCCCGCGGGACCCUUCGAUAACUCCAUGCUGCAUUCAUUACAAAGCCGAGCGUCUCCGCUCUCCAUCCGACCCGGACCUGCAGAUUUCCUCGACGACGCGAUGGAGAGUCGGGAGUGCGUGAACUGCGGCUCCAUCUCCACCCCGCUGUGGAGGCGCGACGGCACCGGUCACUUUCUCUGCAACGCCUGCGGCCUGUACAGCAAAAUGAACGGCCUGAGCCGACCAUUAAUUAAGCCGCAGAAGCGCAUGUCAUCUUCCAGAAGAGUCGGUCUUUCCUGUGCAAACUGCCAGACCAGCACUACGACCCUGUGGCGCAGAAACGCAGAGGGGGAACCGGUGUGCAACGCCUGUGGACUUUACACCAAAUUACACGGGGUACCACGACCCCUGGCUAUGAAGAAGGAAGGUAUUCAGACGAGAAAAAGAAAACCGAAAAACUUGAACAAAACAAAGGGGUCGUCCGCAGGAAGCAGCUCUGUCCCCGUGACUCCAACAUCAUCAUCAUCUUCUGCUUCAGAAGAGAACUCGAAGAACAGUCCUCCAUCUGCGCAGGUGAAUUCCUCUACUAUGGUGGGUCACAUAGAAGUUCCAGGCACCACAGGCUCCAUUGUGAAGUACCCUGGCCAGGAGGGUCUGUACACUAACGUGGGAUUAAUGUCCACCAGCGACGUGGCGGCGUCUGUACGUGGUGACACGUGGUGCCCCAUGGCUCUGGCCUGACACUUACCUGUGUGGGAUUAAAAAGCUCCUCAUCGCUCUACUCCACCUCUCCACAUCAUCCCUGUCAUUUGUUUUCUAAAAUGGCUGCUUUCAUCACGGGUCUGGAGUCACCCUGAGAAUGAGAAGAAAAAAAAAAAAAACCCUCGUUCCGUGCUCACGACUUUUCUUCAGCUUUGGAGAGCUUGUGCAAAAAAAUAAAAAAUAAAAAAUCCUACUACUCCAGUUUUUUUUUGGAAAUACACUCUCUGGAUGUUGAUAAUGAAGACUACGAGUCCCAAUCCAGAACGUGCCUUUGGUACUUUUUCUUUUUCUGAAACACACACUGCACUACGAGUAUCGCUCCGUGGAGUAUAUGGAUCAAAACAGCUUUUUCGUGUGUGUAUAUAUGUGUGUGUGUGUGUGU